AUGUGUCACCAAAUCACGUACACUCUGCCGUGUGAGCACACGCGGACAGACAUUGUCUACUGCGCCGACGCCCCAGCCGAGUCGUCAAAAUCCUCUUCAACAGGGGGCUCGUCAUCAAAGUCCUCCAAGAAGGACGGCAGCAAGAAGCACCACAGCAGCAGCAGCAAGGGCAAAGACAAGGAGAAGAAGAGCAGCAGCAGCAAGUCAUCGUCAUCUUCGUCGUCGUCCAAGCGUAAGCCGUGCCGCAACCUCACGGCGCAGUCGAUAGCGUACCCGAUGCCACCCAGCUUCGAGGGGAGCCCCUCGGCGGCGGCGGGCAGCCCGCUGCUGCCCAAGUGCCCACUCCCCAACUGCCCCUUCGAGCAGCGGAAUCGGUGCUGGAACUGCUGUUGGUGCGGAAAGAGGUUCAACGAGUACGGCCGCUGCAGCUGCAUCAUGAUCAUCGACGGGAACAAGGUGUGGUGCGAGCACAUCUGCUGCGAGACGUGCACACCGGCCGGCCCGAUGUGA